AUGGCGGAGGAAGGAGAAAGAAAAAAGAUCCCUUUGGUUCCAGAAAAUCUCCUGAAAAAGAGGAAGGCUUAUCAGGCCCUCAACACCACCCAGGCAAAGCAGGCACUUUUGGCAAAGAGGGAGGGAAAUAAAAAAAAAUUCAGGUUUAAGCGACUGGAAUCAUUCCUGCAUGAUUCCUGGUGGCAGAAGCGUGACAUGGUGCGAGUCCGGCGACUAGAGGUGAAGCCUCGUGCACUGGAAGUGCCUGAUAAGCGCGCCCUGGCCUUCGUCCUGCGCAUUGAAAGGAUAGACGGAGUGAGUUCAUUGGUACAGAACCCCAUAGCAAGACUUUGCCUGAAGAAACUGUUCAGUGGUGUCUUCAUCAAUGUCACCCCUCAGACUGUAGGAAUGCUGCGCACAGUGGAGUCUUAUGUGACCUGGGGGUUUCCAAAUCUGAAGUCUGUCUGAGAACUCACCUUGAAACGUGGACAAGCAAAGAUUAACAAUAAGACUGUCCCUCUGACCGACAACACCAUGAUUGAGGAGCACCUGGGGAGAUUUGGUGUCAUUUGCCUGGAAGACCUCAUCCAUGAAAUUGCCUUCCCGGGGAAGCAUUUCCAGGUGAUCUCUUCAUUCUUGUGCCCAUUCCACCUCUCUGUGGCCCGUCAUGCUACCAAGAACAGAGUGGGGUUCCUCAAGGAGAUGGGCUCUCCUGGCUAUCGGGGUGACUGCAUCAAUCAGCUCAUCCGCCAGCUGAACUAAACUGGGACCAGGAUUUCCAGAAGACAAU